UGAUAGACAUGCCUUAACAGCCAUAGUAACAAUUGAGUGAUACGUGUCCACUUUCACACUACAAAAUGCUUUCAGAGGGUUGGGCAAAGGUUUAUAUAACUGUAGAGGGUGACAGUGGGGACAUAGAGCGUUGCUGUGAAAAAAAGGACUCACAUAUGGAAGACUUGAGUUUACAAUAUGUCAACCUGGAAGAAUCUGAAAACCUGGAGAGACACAGAACAGAGGGCUUCAGCAGCUCCAAAGCCCUGGUGGUGCGAAGAGGAGCACCAUUCAGAGUCAGUCUGCAACUGGAGGACAGAACCUUCCACCCCAAGACGGACUUUCUAAGGAUCAAAGUCAUGCUAGGCAGCCUGUAUGUGAUAAUUCCAGUCACUUCCUCCAAGAAGGUUUCUUCCUCCAGUUGGAAUGCCUAUAUUGACCCAGAAGGCCUGAACCUCCAAAGCCCCUCCAUAUUCAUCUGCUCUCCUGCCUCGGCCUCGGUGGGCUGCUACAGAUUUCAGCUGUGUGUGUUCACUCAGGAAAGCCAGAAGGCCUAUGCAAUUGGCAAAUUCAUCCUGCUCUGCAAUCCCUGGUGUCGUGAGGAUGCAGUGUAUGUUCCCUUUGAGGACCAGAGAGAGGAAUACGUCCAGAACGACUCUGGGUUGCUGUUUAUGGGGACACCUAUGAACCUUGUGUCCAGGCCAUGGUCCUUUGAUCAGUAUGAGCCCGGUGUUCUAGAGGCAUGCCUGAAUCUGCUCCAGGUCAGCCCUUGGCACCAAAAGAACACAAGAUUAGACUACCUCAACCGGAACAACCCCGUCUACAUCAGCCGGGUCGUGUCUGCCAUGAUUAACAGUGAGGAUGACCUUGGAGUGCUGAAAGGGAACUGGUCAGAUGACUUCAAACAAGGAGUUCACCCCUCCAUGUGGACUGGGAGUGGGGACAUCUUGAAACAGUGGGCGCAGUCUGGAUACAGCCCAGUCAAGUAUGGACAGUGCUGGGUGUUUGCAGCUGUCAUGUGCACAGUCAUGAGAGUUCUUGGCAUUCCAUGCCGCGUCGUCACAAACUUCAACUCUGCUCAUGACACCAAUGCCAACCUGGUGAUUGAGGAGUACUACACCGAAACAGGGCAGAAGCUGAACGUUAGCAAGGACAGCAUAUGGAAUUUCCAUGUGUGGGUGGAGUGUUAUAUGACUCGCCGGGAUCUGGGACCUGGAAUGGAUGGCUGGCAGGUUCUGGACCCAACCCCCCAAGAGAGGAGCGGAGGAGAGUUCUGCUGCGGCCCGGCCCCAGUCAAAGCAAUCAAGGAUCGACGUAUUGACCUGCUUUAUGACAUUCCCUUUGUCUACGCCGAGGUGAAUGCCGAUGUCCUCUCGGUCAUAGUGAGCAAGGGUCGAGUGAUCAGCUACAGCAAAGACACUGAGAAAGUGGGAUCCCUCAUCCUCACCAAAGCUAUUGGCUUCCCCAUACACCAGAGCAUCACUGGAGACUACAAACACAUCAAAAGCCCGACUUCAUCACUUACAUCAAGACGUUCUACGAUGUCAGGAGACUCAACAUUAAGUAGAGCAGGCUCGUCAAAUGGGGUGUCAGUCUCCCUGACCCUGGAUAGAGCUCAAGUUGCCGGGGAGCCUGUGUGCUUCACGGUGAAAGUCAUCAACAGGCAGAACGUUGCCAAGAAGAUGAAGGUGCAUUUCAAUGCCCAGGCUAAAGAAUACAACCACGGCCCCUCAGACGCCUUCUGGGAGACCCACGGUGUCAUAAAGCUGGCACCCAUGGAAGCCAAGGUUGUUCAUCAGCAGAUCCUCCCAGCCGAGUAUGCGCAUGUGUUGGGAGACAACCUGAUCAACCUUGCAGUAGUCGUGGAGGACAUGGACAGUCAGGAGCGGGUCUUGGCCUCGGAGGAGUUCAACAUCGCCAGCCCACAUCUUACUGUACAGGUUGCAGAUUCCAUUGUACCUAACAAAGUGCAGACUGCCUCAGUGUCCUUCACCAACCCAUUUUCUCACCCAGUGAGUGGAGUACUGACUGUAGCUGGGGCAGGGCUGAUCCAGGGCAAGGUUAACUUCAGGGUGCUCUCACUGUGUCCAGGAGGAAGAAUGGAGCAGCACAUCACCUUUGUACCCAGCAUGGUGGGAACAAAGAUGCUGCAGGCCAGCCUGUCACUCACAAACAUUAGCUCCACAAUCAGAGGCUUCAAGAUGGUCUCUGUCCAUGGUGCUUAGGUCUAUAACAGUUUUGUAUUUUUAUUUUUGCCUUUCAUUUGGCUCAGGUGCUACAUUUGGGCACACUACUUACAUUUCUGAUGUCAGUGUUGUUUUGCCUCAGAAACACACCUUCCACUUGUAUUGUAAAAACAUCUCCCAACUGAAGCCAGAACAUUGCAAUCAGGUGGUAGCAUCAGUCGCAGAGGAAAAAGUUUUUCUGCCAUACAACCCUUAUGUUUUUCUAUUGUUAUGUAUGGUAUCCGGAAUACUUUAUUGAUCCCCAAGGGGAAAUUCUUUAUAAUAUAAAUAUAAAUGUGAAUGUAAAUUAUCUUUAUUUGUUUUGCUAU